AUGUCUACCUCCGACGAUGACGAGAUCGGAUACGGGUCGCACCGCCCGAUCGAAACACUGGAACCUCAGCUCGGCUCGAGGUACAGCAGCCGGGGACAGGGUUACUCGGUCUGGCUCGUUCCCGAGGGUGAGGAGGAGGAGGCGCUCGUCGGUGUCCAGAAGGCGAUAGCCCUCAAGUACUUCCAGAUCUACGCCGACUCCCACGCCAAGCACCCUGGUGCCACGCCCAAGGAUAAGCAGUACACCGAGCGGCCGACCCUCCCCCCGAACGGCGUGCUCAUCCUUCCGGACUCGCCGUGUGGGAACACAUCGGACAAGGGCAUCAAGAUGAUGAUCAAGGGCGUGCUCGACGGGUACACUAGUGGUCCCAUCCGCGUGACCUUCAAGGAUACAAACGUCGUCUCGGAGAACGGCGGCACCGUGCACGCCGAGAUCAAGGAGGAGCAGGAUUAUGCUAAGCUUGACGAGCUCCGCACCUUGCUCAAGAACCGUCUCUGGGGCCCCGCCGACGCGCGCAGGUCCAUCCCGACGCCGUAUGCUACCAUCGUCGACGUCAGCCUCGAGGAGGGGAAAUUCGGCCACUCCAACAUGGACCCCGGCAUGACUAGCGUCAUGGUGGAAGCCGAAAAAAUCGCUAAGCGGUAUGGCGGCGUGCUUCCCGACCUCACUUUAACCAAGCUCCUUGUCGUCGGGGUUUGUGAGUUCCCGAUCCCCGCCAAGAAGUAG